CAUUAACCGUAGUGGUUGUAUACUCAACCUCUUGCUUAGAACCUUUGUAAGAUAAAUUAUACGGAAAAUCACCAUAACAUACAAAUAAAUGCUUGCAAUUAGUUAAAAAAUUAUUCAGUCUUUGUAAUUUAUCAAAGUAACUCAUGCAAGGCAAUGUAUAUUAGUUAAUAUUGAAUUUAUCGCGCUUGUUUGAAUUGUCGUUUGUGGGAAUCGAUAUUAGGUGUUAUUAAUGAAAUUACUAAGGUGCUCCAAGUGAUAUUGUGUAGAACCUGUUUAAAAUCUCGUUAAAUUUAGAUCGUGUUAAAAUCGAUAGAGUAAAUAAAAAAUGCAUAAUUUCCCCAUGGUAUAAUCGGUUCGAUACCGGUUAAGUUUUUUCCGUUGUUGUGCUCUUGAUAGUGCCAGUGUUAGUGAUAUGUGUAAUAAAUUAUUGUGAUUCACCUAUACACGAAGAAUUUCACCCCGAAUGCCAUCAAACAGGACUCGUAUGAAAACAGUAUUAUGUGAUAGUGAUCUGUGAACAUGGCGGCCAUUUUGAAAAUGUACAAUUUGACAGCUGGCGCAGUUUUGGCGCGAAUCUUCGUGCUGCUCUCUUUCACCGUGUAUUCCUCUUAUGGUGGAGGCUGCACCUUCCCAGCGGAAUGGACCGGCAGCUGGUUCCAGUCCGGCAUACCGUCGCUCAUAGAUAUCAACUCCACCCAUAUACAGAUGAAGGGAGAAUGUUCAGAGACUGAGUCCUAUGACAAGUUUUUGUUACAUGAUAGGACCUUUGACUGCUACAGGUGUAUGGUGAUACACGAAAAGCACAAAUAUGUUCUCCAGUACAAAGAAACUUACUGCAGUCAAAAAAACUCGCUGUCAUCAAUAUGCGACGAGAUCAGCGGUGAUGCUCCUCUCUACUCCAUGUUCCGCAAGGAUCCAGCCGCUGUUCCGCAGCCCUGUCCUUUUAGGCCGGCGCCAUUUACAUUCACUUAUAAUCGUGGUUCCGGUGACUGCGUGUAUCCGCCAUCACGAGCGGAGUCGUGUACUGACGAUUCAAGACUGCUUCUGAGAUACAUGGCAUGUCCCGAUGUGCCUGGUACCGAGAGUAAUGUUGAAGAGCUGGUCUGCCUGGCCACAUGGAAGGAAGGUUCCACGAGAUACCUAGUCGGGCAGAUCUCUCAAGUGCAGAGACGGAACUCUAUCGCCUCUGAUGAAGAUACUUAUCGAUGCUUCAUCUAUAAAGGCCUCCAUGGUGAAAAAAGUACUUCCUACGACAUAGCCCAAUCUGGUGACGCCACCUGCAAUGGCCUGUCCUCGCCGACCGACGGCAGCAGAACUAUGAAACUUACUACGAGUGAUGAUGAGCACAACCGCUGUCAUUUCCCCGGAUGGAUAGUGGAGCACCACAAGUGGUUCAGUCUCGACCACACCCAUCAGUACCACUUUACUACUAAGAAUGCAACUCUCAAGAUAAUGAACUCGGACGGUUCAUUCGAAGAGAAGCGUUUGGUGUGUCAUUCGAUUUUGGAGCAGAAAGACAAGAAGCAUAUAAAACUGGUCGCGCACGUAACUAGGGGAUGUGAAUCCGGUCAUAUUUGCCUCAAGUUCUUCCGUCGUGAGGGUAACGUGUUGGAGUUGCAGCAAGGGUCAAAUCUUUGGGAGUCGCCUCAAGACGCCUGCGCAGAGAAUACUCAACCGUCGUAUAUAACGCUUAUAACGACUUCACUAACACCAAUGCGGUGUCCUAUCCUCGGCAGAUACUCGAUCGUGAACUCGCUGGCCGAUCGCCGCAGGCGCAGGCAGCAAAUUGGUGAUCCAGAUUCAGAAGGUAGUGAAAUGUCAGAAUGUGUGUCAGGAGAUUACGAUAGUGCCAGCAUUGGAUGUGGCGCUGCACAGGAUACGAUCGAGUUUAAGUCCUCCUGUAGUAGUACUGUAUACACCUGCUACGGCAGCUGGCAAGAGAACGGCCGGGGCUUCCUUGUGGCGGCUCCCGUGUCCCGCUCUUCCUCUCAUCCCAGGACGUUCUGCUUCAUGUAUACCACCAGACCUGCUAAUGAGACCCGCGGGAGUGAAUCAGUGUCUCUUAGCGCCGUGAGCGUGUCUUGCGACAGACGAGCCAUUCCCGGACGACAUGGCGAUAAGGCCUACAACCUCACUUCUAAUGGUACAUGCGAGCAGAGCAGCAAAUACAAUAGCGUGGCUUUCAAGAUGGCGCCGGCGGCUGUUUUGAUAUUUGCUCUGUCACUGACAGCUCUCAGGUGAUACACUGGCGACAUCUAGAUAUGACUUCUCAUUCCACUUGGCCUAUAUUUUAUUUGAAUUAAUUUCAGAUUUGAUACAUCACUUCAUUAUUUGGCGAUAGUUUCUUAGUUUUUUUUUUUGUUUUUUUUAAUAAUUUUAUGGCCUGGUAACGAGACCUUUAAGCCAAAGUUUCUUAGUUAAAUGAGUAAACAUUUUCUGUAAAAAAUAUGAUUUUGUAUUAAUAACCUUUAACUUAGAGUUAAAUUGUAAUUUCAAAGUACCUACACCUAUUUAAAAAAAAAACGUUUCGACCAGAAAAAUAGAAUUGGAAUGUUGACCACAGUAAUUGGAAUUAAAUAAUUCAUAAUUAAUUAAAUAUACAUUUUUUAGAAAUCGUUUUUCUUUAAUUAUCUGUGAAAUGUUCCCAAAAUACUUAGUCUAAAUUAAAAUAUAGGCCCAAGUUUAUAUCAACAACAAAAAAAUUAGCGCAUCAUAAUUAGUGUUGCUUUGUGAUAAAUAAAUUUUGGCGGGAAAUUUCCAAUGUUGCCAUUAUUGGCGCUAGCAGCUAAGUUCGCGUUAUUUAUUCUCGGCGAAAUAACUAAAUGUUUGAUUUAAGGGUAUACAAAUAUGUCGUAGUUGUUUUAACUAAAUAUUGAAUUUUAAAACAGCAAUUUCCUUAAUUCAUUGGAAUGGCAACUCUUGGAAUCUGGUAGAAUCGCUACGAUAUGGGUGUGAUUGUAAAAUAUUUGUUUGACUGUGUCUCCUACUAAGUACGAACGAAAUGUAAAUAUACUAUGUUUGCUUAUUAAGCUGGUGAUUAAUCGUAAUUAUUUAAAAUGUGUAAUUGCAUUAAUUAAACCUGAAAUGGUAUUAAUAUUUUUUUUUACAAUUUUUGUUAAGUUUGGUCACCGCUAAGCUCAAAAUCCCUUUAAGUUAAGUAAGAGGGAUAUUAAAAUAGUAUGGACGAUUAGAUUUUGUAACUUGUAGGAUAUAAAACCAUUUUGGAAGAUCUAAUGUUGCAAAGAGGGUUUUAAGGGUUUCCGUGUGGCUUUUGGGUCAUCGUUAUUUAGUUUUUCUCUUUGACAUAAUGUAAAAAUACUUAAUUUAAUAUCCUAUUGGUUAUAUUGUCUGGAUCUGUCUCCACACGCUUUCGUAAUUGUAUGUUACAUAUAAGUUAGAUAGAUUAAUAAUAAGAAUAAACCCUGUUUUCUUUCGAGGUAUAUUUCGCAAAUUUCAACUAGCGUCGUCUCAUUUCCGUCAAUACGACACGAGUGAGACGGCAAUACUUGUUUAACUACAUAUUUCUUUCAAAUUUUUAAAACAUACCUUUUACGUCGUUAACGAGAGAAGAGGGAACAACUUAGGACUUUUUUUUAAAUAAAAUUUACAUGUUUUUUUAUUAAACAAAUUGACAGCUAUUAUUUUUUAAUAUUAGUACGUGAGCUUGUCUCAAUUUAUAUAGAAAUUAAAAAAUCCCAGUUUAUGUUAUUCUUGUGUUUUUUUAGAGUAACUUACAAACAUGGUAGAAAUAGAUAAAAAAUUGCUGAAACCUUUUUUUUUUCUAAUCAACGCUUACUGUUCGCUAAUUAUAACUCCUGACCAAUAGUAGGAUUAAAUAUAUUGCUCAUAGUUCGAAAUUUUAUUUGUGAUAUAAAAUAUUUAAGAUAUGUAAAUACAAACUAGAAUCGAGUUCCUCAUUUUAUUAUUUAACAUCUGUACGGUUUGAGCGAGCGUUGAAUUUGGAUUUUUUGCAAAAACUAUCAAGUACUCUAAUUGUAAUGUAUCUCUGUCUUCCAAGCAGCGAUAUCGAUCCAGAAUCGCAAGGUAAUCCAAAACCUGUUGACGACCACUGCUGGACUUGGGCCUCUUCCCUAAAUGUCCUGUGCGAACGGUUUCCCUCCACCCAUAUAUGUCCAUCUAGUUGGAAGCCGUAAUCUAUAUUGUAAUUGGAGCCGAUCACCAAGUUAACUUAAUGCAGGUAGUACCGGAUCCUUCUCCAUUUGGUCGUCAAACGGUCGCUUUGUGUGAUGUCAAUGAAGAAAUGUUUUUACGAGGAACCCAAACUCAAAGCUCCCGAGUGUAGAAUAAGAAUUAUCGAUGCUUGCCUAAAAUAUUUCUAAAAAUAUAAAUAAAACUUAGCCGAGAUGACUAUUGUAAAUAGACUAGUGGGAUAAUUUGGUAAUAUUUUGUAAACGUAUCACAAUUUUUUAAAAUACAGGACAUUAUAAAGAUAAUAAUGUAGGUAUGUCGAAUUGAAUUAUAACGAAGUAAAUGUACGGAAAGUUUAUUUAUAAUUUUUAUCUAAAUUUAAGAUGUUAAAUGCACAAUAUAUGUAAUACACUAUAGUGAAUAGUUGAGAGGCACGAUGACAGCAGCUGUCGACGUCGCCGGAUGUCAAGUUUGACAGCUCGCUGUCAUUGCUCUCUGAAAAGCUUUUUGGAAACUUUAAUUUAUGUAUGAAAAUUUAAAAAUAAUAGACGCCACAUUGUGAAUAGGUGCACUGACAUUGAAUGUAAAUUAUAUGUAUUGGAAUUGUAAUUUCGGCUUGUACAUAUGUUUUUGUUUUUUGGCUACAUACAUUUCUUUCGUAAACCUUGAAAUCUGUUGAGGUUUUGUGCUCCUUUUAUGUAUUUCUACUGAUUGCGCCACGAAAUACGAUUUGUAACUAUUAAUGUAAGCCUAUUAUUAUAUUUUGAUUACUGAAAUAUAUUUAAAAAUCAA